GCAACCUUGCUUCACCAUCAGAAUUUAUACUCUUGCCGUGCGUCUUCCCAGCAGUGAAGUGAAUCAUAUGGCUCCUGCAGCUAAUGGCUCACACGAGGAGGAGGUUGUGGCUGACCUGCACAAGCCCCGGCCUUACACCCCCAGCCCCUGGGGUGACUUCUUCCUCAACCACAACCCAUGCACUCAAUCACAGUGUUUGGCUAUGAAGCACAUGGCAACUAUCAAGAAGGAACGAGUGAGAAAGAUCAUCUUGGAUACCAAAUCUUCCUCCGAUUUAGUUGUGAAGAUGGAGCUUAUUGACACACUGGAACGAAUAGGUGUGGCCUAUCACUACCGCGAAGAUAUCAAUGAAAUACUAUGUGACAUGCACGGUGAUGGACAAGGCAUUGGUGACGACCUCCAUAUGAGAGCGAUGCGGUUCUACUUGUUGAGGAAGCAUGGGUACCACACCUCUCAGGAUGUGUUUCUGAAGUUCAGAGAUGACCAAGGAAACUUUGCUAGCAAUGAUCUGGACUCGUUAUUGGCAUUGUAUAAUGCAGCGUAUCUUAGGGUUCGUGGGGAAGAAGUGCUUGAUGACGCAGUUGUUUUCACCAAGAGCCGUCUACAAUGUAUGUUGGAACAUCUAGACCCGCGGUUGGUAGAAGAGGUCCAGUGUACAUUGGAAACACCCCAUUUCAGGAGAGUCGAAAGAGUGGAAACGAGACGUUACAUCCCGGUGUAUGAGAAGAAGGCUACUCGAGAUGAGCACAUAUUAGAAUUUUCUAAGUUGGACUUCAACAUUUUGCAAACUCUUUAUUGCCAGGAGUUGAAAGCUCUUACGAUUUGGUGGAAAGACUUUCAAGCACAGACAGAUCUACAGUUUGCACGAGAUAGAAUGGUGGAGAUUCAUUUUUGGAUGCUUGGAGUUGUCUAUGAGCCGCAAUAUUCCUACUCACGUAUAAUGUUGACAAAAUUGGUCAUAUUUGUGUCAUUAUUUGAUGACCUCUAUGAUAACUAUAGCACCACUGAAGAAAGCAACAUCUUCACCGCAGCCUUGGAAAGGUGGGAUGAAGAAGCCGUGGAACAAUUCCCAGCAUACUUGAAGGCAUUAUACAUCAAUAUACUUAACACUACAAAUGUUAUUGAUGAAGAGUUGAAGCAUCAGAAAAACAUGCAUACUGGAUUGGCAAAAAAAAUGGUAAUUGACAUUGCCAAAAGCUAUCACGCGGAGGUGAAAUGGCGGGAUGAGCACUACAUACCAACUAGUGUUGAAGAGCAUCUACAAAUUUCAGUGCGCACCAGCGCUUGUAUGCAAAUAAUAAGCCUUGUGUUCAUCUCAAUGGGUGAUAUAACUACAAGCGAGGUUCUUGAGUGGGCUUCUACCUAUCCAAAAAUUAUCGAAUGUGUAUGUAUUGUCGGGCGUAUUGGCAAUGACAUGGUGUCACAUGAGCGCGAGCAACUAUCAGAGCAUGUGGCAUCCACAGUACAAACUUGUACAAAAGAGCAUGGGAUCAUGGUGGUAGAAGCCAAUGAGAAGCUUAAGGUAAUAAUUGAAGAAGCAUGGAUGGACAUAGUCCACGAAUGCCUCCAUAGAGAAUAUCCAAUGACACUUCUAGAGAAGGCGACUGAUCUUGCCCGGACAAUGGAUUUCAUGUACAAGCGUGAAGAUGCAUACACCCUAUCGUUUAGUCUCAAAGACACCUUAACUUCACUUUAUGUGAAUUUCAUAUGAACCAUUUUAUGUAUUUUCUCGGAGAAAAAAAAAGGUGGGACAUUAUAUGUUCCCACAUCACCAACUACCAUGCUAUAUACUCCAUUUUCCAUGUUCUUAGGUAAAGUGAGGUGUACUACGUAUUGUCUUUUUUUUGUGUGGGAACUACAUACUUUUGUAGCUACUGUGUAAUUUUUCUCGUCUAUAUAUCAAUCCAUGCAUGUAUUGUUCAGUUGCAUCAAUUUGUGGUUUGCUUACGGUGUAUCAAGCCAUGCAUGUAUGGCUUAAUUUGACACAAACCUACUAUAUAAAUAUAUCGAUAAUUCAAUCUGGAGCCCGGUCACAUCUACACCUGAUGAAUAGUAGGAUAAAAAUAAAGAGUAAAAAAAUCAAGAAGAAUAUGAAAAUUUUUUGCAUGCAAGAUGCUUCAGUGCUGCAAGUAAGUGCAAAAAUUCGUUGGCAAACAACAUUCGAGGAGCUCGCACCAAAAA